AUGAGCGAGACAGUACGUGUCAAAUUCGUGACAAAAGAGCAAGAAUAUGUUCUUCCUAUGGGAGAUUUCGCCAUAUCCACAGCUCUCAAUAGAAAAGGUCUUUCUGAUGCACUUAAUCAGGCACUUGAGCUUGAAAAGCCAGUUCCAUUUGAUUUUAAGAUCAAUGGUAACUUCUUAAGACAGUCUCUUGCUCAAGCAAUGCGUCUUUAUCAAAUUUCUCCAGAACAAAUUUUAACAUUAGAAUAUUUCCCCGCUUUCAAGCCACCAGAGUUAAAAGACGAACAAAAAACAGAUGAUUGGAUCUCAUGCAUUAAGUACAAGAACGGAGAACUUUAUUAUUCGCUUUAUAAUGGAACAAUUCACUGUGGAGAGAAAGUUUACGAGUUUGUUGAAGAAGGAGAGGAUCCAGUACCUUUCAAGAGCUUCGCAUUCAUCGGAGAUAAUACUCUUAUCGCUGGCGGACUCGAUGGAUCCGGAACUGUCUUUACAUUAGACGGCAGCAAGCAAACACAGCGCUUAGAACUCCAUAACUCUGCAGUUAAUGCAAUCGCCACACAUCAAAACGUCGAUCAAAUGUUUAUUACAGCCGGUGCUGAUUAUUGCCUCGCAUUAUGGUCAUUAGCCCUAUCUAACCUACAGCCAUUUGUCGGCCAUACAGAUUCUGUUACAGAUGUCCACUGGAUUGAAGAGAAUACCAUUGUUUCUUCUUCACUCGAUAGAUCCAUUCGACUUUGGGAUGUAAAUACGUUCCAGGAGAAGUACCAGAUGAGUUCUACGAGUGGUAUUCUAUCUAUAUCCGUCGAAGGACCUCUAAUUAUCUCAGCACAUACAGAUCGUUCCGUCAAAUUAUGGGACACAAGAGAAACAGAGCACAGAUCGGUUGUCCGUGAGUUUAAGUCACAUACGAACUGGGUUUCCAAGGUCCUCUUCAUGAGUAAUGACGUAUUUGUUUCUGGCGGUUACGAUGGAGCUGUAAAGGCAUGGAAUAUUGGAACAGGAGUUCCUCUCUGUACAAUUUCUCAACACGAUGAGAAAGUUUUCGCUUUGGCCAACGAAAACAACACACUUGCAAUUGGCGGAACUGAACAGGUCAUCCGCAAGGCUGCUUUCACUUUUUAG